AUGGCAGCCAACGCCCCUCCUUCCGCUGAGACCCUGCUCAGCGGCGCUGCUGCUCAUCAGCCCAAGACCGCCGAGGAGAUCGCCUCUCAGCACGAUUUGCUCCCCCGACUGAUCCCGUACCUCGACCGUCACCUCGUUUUCCCCCUGCUCGAAUUCAGCGCCGGCAGCGAUGAGGAGGACAAGGAGAUCACCCGGGCCAAAUAUGAGCUCCUCAAGCACACCAACAUGACCGACUACGUUGCCAACUUGUGGCAAGAAAUCAACAACUCCGACACCAUUCCCGACGAGUUUGUGAAGAAGCGCGAGGAGGUUUUGGCCAAGUUACAGCACUACCAGGACCAAAGCGAGAAGAUUUCCGAGUUGCUGCAGGAUGAGGAGGUCGUCGGUAACUUGCGGAGCGACAAGGCCGCUAACUUGCGGUUCCUCGAGGAGCAACACGGUGUCACAAACGAGAUGGUUAACAGCCUCCACGACUACGGACGUUUCCAGUACAGCUGUGGUAGCUACGGAAACGCUGCUGAGCUGCUUUACCAGUUCCGUGUUCUGUCCACCGACAACGACAAGGUUGCCUCCGCCACGUGGGGUAAGUUGGCCUCAGAAAUUCUGACCACCAACUGGGAGGGUGCCAUGGAGGAGGUUCAGAAGGUCAAGGACUCGAUCGAGACUCGCCUUUUCAACAACCCUCUCGCUCAGCUCACCAAUCGCUCUUGGCUCAUCCACUGGUCGCUGUUCCCCUUCUUCAACCACGACCCCGCCCGCGACGUCCUCACCGACCUCUUCUUCUCCCCCGCCUAUAUCAACACCAUCCAGACCAGCUGCCCUUGGGUUCUCCGUUACCUUGCCGCCGCCGUCAUCACCAACCGCAGCCGUCCCCACAAGCACUCCGGUGUCUACCAGAAGCAAUUGAAGGAUCUGAUCCGUGUUGUUCGCCAGGAGGACUACGAGUACACCGACCCCAUCACCGAUUUCGUCAAGGCCCUUUACGUCGAGUUUGAUUUCGAGGAGGCACAGAAGAAGCUCGGUGAGGCCGAGGAGGUUCUUCGCAGCGACUUCUUCCUUGUUUCCGCGGCCGAUGCUUUCGUUGAGGCUGCCCGUCACCUCAUCUCCGAGAGCUACUGCAAGAUCCACCAGCGUAUUGAUAUCAACGAUCUGUCUGCUCGUCUCGGCCUGAACCAGGAUGAGGGUGAGAAGUGGAUUGUCAACCUGAUCCGCGACACCCGGGUUGACGCCAAGAUUGACUAUAAGGAGGGCACUGUGAUCAUGAACCACCCUCCCCAGUCUGUCUACCAACAAGUCAUUGAGAAGACAAAGGGUGCCUUCUUCCGCACACAAGUCUUGAGCUCUGCUGUUGCAAAAUAAAUUCCCGCAUGACCUGAUGCCGAAAACUGAACUUUUCUCCGUUAUGUGAUUUUGAAACCUGUUUCUGCCUACCCAUUUUUAGUGAUCUCCCCGUGUAGGUCACAACACGGUUGUUUGAGGGAUGGGACUCCGUGCAGAGUGGCAUCCGGCUGGCGUUCUUCGGUGGUCCACCUUAUUUUCUUUACCUCUUUAGUCAUCUUACAGUUCCUACAAAGCUCUCUCCCUCCCUAUAUUUUCACUUCUUUGCCGUCAGAUGUUUUGCUUGACCUCUUUAUGUAUUGGCCAUUUCUGACCCUGGAGGUUUGGAGGGAGGCGGAGAAUCUCAAAAAGCAGCCACGAGAGAAAUGUGGCGUCCC